CGUCUUCCAGGGAGGCGGAGAAAGAGGGAGGCUAUGAUUUGCGCAUGCGCUUCUCGAAGAGCGGGGUGGAAGGAAAGAGGCGCGGUUGUGGUCAUCUGUCUUCCUUGUGACGUCAUUUCGAGCGACGAAAGAGAGAGUCUGAGUGGCGCUGGUGUGACGAAAGCAGGGAGAACGUUUCUGUUGUUCUCACUGUUACUCUCCGUCCGCGGGUUCGAGUCCGGAGAGGGGCGGUUGCGGGAUCCGAAAUGGAGGAGCUGAGCCAAGCCCUGGCCUCCAGCUUCACCAUCUCCCAAGACCUCAACAGCCCAGCGGCCCCUCACCCUCGCCUGGCCCAGUACAAGUCCAAGUACAGCUCCUUGGAGCAAGCGGAGAGGAGGAGGAGGCUCCUUGAACUCCAGAAGACUAAGCGAUUGGACUAUAUAAACCAUGCUAGGAGAUUGGCAGAGGAUGACUGGACAGGAACGGAUGAGGAGGAAGAGAAGGACACUCUGGAGGCAGAGAUGGAAGAAGACAUGGAAGUAGAGAUUCAGAAGAGGUUACCAAAGCGGUAUGCCAACCAGCUCAUGCUUUCUGAAUGGCUGAUUGACGUCCCCCAAGAUUUGGUACAGGACUGGCUGUUGGUGGUGUGCCCUGUGGGAAAGAGGGCACUUAUUGUGGCAUCGAAGGGUUCCACUGCAGCUUACACCAAGAGCGGCUUCUGUGUCAAUCGAUUCCCAUCUCUCCUGCCAGGGGGCAACCGCCGCAAUUCAGCAGCUGGAAAAGACUAUACGAUCCUGGACUGCAUCUUCAAUGAGGCCAAGCAGACAUACUACAUCCUUGACGUGAUGUGUUGGCGGGGACACCCCGUGUACGACUGCCAGACGGAUUUCCGAUUCUACUGGCUCCAAUCGAAAAUGCAAGAGGAGGAAGGUUUGGGGGAGAAAAGUCGCCUUAAUCCUUUUAAGUUUGUGGGGCUGCAGAGUUAUUCCUGUGCACCAGAAAGCCUGUGUGAAGUUUUGAGCACAGAUUUCCCUUUUGAGGUAGAUGGUCUCCUCUUCUAUCACAAGCAAAGUCACUACAACCCUGGCAGCACUCCACUAGUGGGUUGGCUUCGCCCCUACAUGGUUUCAGAUAUCCUGGGUGUAGCUGUGCCCAUUUGCCCACUCACCGCCAAGCCUGAGUAUGCCAGGCACCAGUUGCAGCAAAUCAUUGAGCAUAAGAGGAGUCAGAAAGAGACCACCAAGGAAGGUUCCCCCAACGUUAACUGGGCUGCCCAAGAUGGCCGCUACGAACUGGAACACUUGUCUACACCUAAACCAGAAGGGUCUCCUUCAUCAUCGAGGGAUGCUGGGAGCAAGAUGGAGAAUUAAGAAGACAGCCUGGCAUUUCUCCAUUCACUCCAUGAAGAUGGUCUCCAAGGUGGAGGUCAUAUUAACAGGAAUGGCAGCUCUAUUUUGAGGUGCUUUUAAUAGAACGGGGGCAGCUUUCAGCCUGCUUUAACAGGUGGUGCCCAUAACAGUAUUAGGACCAAGGGUUUGAAUGUAAAAUCCUUACACACUGGUGGCCAAGUUUGUUAACAAACCCCAGAGCAAUCGGUGGAGACUUUGAAAUCUGUAGAAGAUAUCAGUUGACCUGCUCUAAACCAGGAGAAGCUUUUGAGGCUCCUCAAAGCCUCAGUUUCACAAGAAAUAAGAAUUUUUCAAAAAGAGGUGUUCUGUUGAAGGAUGGGUGAAUAUAACAAGAAUUUGGACACAUUAGAUUUGAGUAGCCACAUAUAGCCAAGACGUCACACCUUCUUUCACUUUGAAGUGGAUCACUCUCACUUCCACCAAGUUGAGAUUUGUAUUCUUAAUUCCGGAGGAAAGAGUUGCUUUCCAUCUACAAUUGUUGCACAUUGGGUAAUAAUAGACGGAUUGCUUUGUAAUGUAUGGGUUUUGGAUGCACGAAAUAAAGAACUUCUGAAAGAGCUGAAAAGA